AUCAGCCUCUUUGAAGUCGUGAAGUGAGGUGGACUGAGGAUAUAAAUCCGCAGUCCCAGUCCACAGUCCGCAGUCCACAAUCCCCAGUCAGUCCACAGUCAACAGUCCGUAGUCCGCCGCCUAGUUUCGGUUCACUGCUACUCCUUGCGGUUACACUUCUGUCUCUCAAGCUGCGCAUAUCGUUCUUCGAGAUUAGAUCUUCCCUACCCGCUCGUCCCACAAAAACGGUCCCUGGCUUAGCUCCCGCUCUCGAACCCUUCCCGAUAACUUUCUCUCAACCCCUUCCGAUAACUUUCUCUCUUGCCGCCAGCCAGCCAUAUAAAACCCCCUCCCACGAGGCAGUCCCCAUACAAUUCAUCCAGCACCUCGAUCCCGCACCCGCCCUCACGCACACCCACCCGCCCCUCACCCUCACCACCCACUCACAACAAAAAUGGCCACUACCACACCCACCAUCGUGAUCCUCGGCGCCUCCUUCGCCGGCAUCCCAACGACGCACAAGCUCCUCCGUGCGCUACCGUCCGAGUACAAGGUGAUCCUCGUCAACCCAUCGACACACAUAUUCUGGAACAUUGCGGCGCCGCGCGCCGUCGCCCGCGAUAACCAGUUCUCUACCGACAACGCGGACGUGUUUGCGCCCAUCACCCCGGGCUUCGCCGCCUACGCUGAGGACCGCUUCGAGUUUAUCCAGGGCAAGGCAAGCGCCGUCGAUGCGGCCACGAAUAAGGUCACCAUCAAGAGCGUGGAUGAUGAGGGUGUCGAGGGCGCCGAGAGGGUCGUCGAGUAUGCGCAUCUUGUGGUGGCGACUGGCGCGGCUGGUGCGGGUGCGUGGCCGUUCAAGGCCGUGGGCACUCAUGUGCAGACCGCGAAGGCGCUCAAGGACUGUCAGGUGAAGAUUGAGGCCGCGAAGACGAUUGUCUUGAGUGGUGCGGGCCCGACGGGUGUGGAGACGGCGGGCGAGAUCGCAACGCUGUACAAGGGGAAGGGGAAGAAGAUUAUACUUUUGUCGUCGGGCGAGCGGUGUCUGCCGAUGGUCCGGGAGGAUGUUGGGUUGACGGCGCAGAAGUUGUUGGAGGGUCUGGGUGUCGAGGUGCAUGUCGGCGUGAAGGUCACGACCGAGGUCGCCGGUGACGAGGGAUUGACGCUCACGCUGUCGAAUGGCGAGACGAUGGUGACGGACCUGCACAUUCCGACUUACGGAAUCACCCCGAAUACCCAGUUCCUCCCAGCGGAGUUGCUGGAUGAGUCCGGCAGCGUCAAGGUUUCGGCGCACAUGCAGAGCACCGUUCAAGCGAACAUCUGGGCGAUUGGAGACGCAGCGGCCGUCAAGCAGAAGAAGACGAUCACCACCAAGCCCAUGCUCGAGGCCGCGGUCGAAAAUAUCCUGGCGGUGGUUGGAGGAAAGGGCGAGGAGGCGUUCAAGGAGUACAAGGAUGAAGAGACACCGAUGGUGGUGCCCGUUGGAGGUGGCUUCGCCAUGGGAACGGGUAUCCUCAACAAGUGGAAGGUGUGGGGAGUGUUGGUCUGGUUCGUCAAGGGAAGGAAAUACUUUGUUGCCAACGCGAAAAACGUGGCGCUCGGAAAGGUGUACGGUGGUGGUCAGACUGUGUAGAGCGGGAUGGACAGUGUUUGAUACCUCUUUGAUUUUUUGCAGUGGGAUUAGAAGGAUAUAGUUAGUAAUGGAACUGGUGGAGAGGGAUCUGUCGUUUACUGGUCGACCAUUCGCGUGAAGUAACCAGUCUAAAUCUUUUCUGUGAAGUACCUGCACCCGCUGCCAUAUGUGUGCACUUUUCGUUGUCCAGAC